GUUUCAUCGGAACUAACACUUCCUUAUAAUAAAUAUAUUGUUUAAAGGAUUGAGAAUAAAGGACUAACAAGAAAUUUGAAAACAGCAACAUAAAUAUGACAUAAAAAGAUAAUGGCAGUAUUUUUCCUACUGCUAAUGGUGUGUGUUUCUACGAGCGGAACUGUGUCCCGUGGAAAACGAGGUUUUCAAGACAACCCACCAGGAAUAACUGAUAAUCCAAUUACUGACCUGCCAUCUACCGGCGGGGACCAAAUUACACCAUCGAGCACCGUGGUAGAAGAUGACGUCACGGCGAAACCAUGCAGCAGUGACGUCACAUGUAUCGAGUGUAAUACAGUCCUGCCAUCGUACGCAGACGACCUGAAGUUCGUGCACGCGUCUGCUUAUCUUCUCCCGCCAUUUGGGGAAGAACUACCGGACGAAUAUAAGCAAAAUGGCUGGACGUACUUUUAUGAGAGAUAUUACCAUAUGCGACCGGAAUUUAUAGAAAACUGGUUUAAGACAGAUAUACCGUUGUUAAGUUCUUCGAUUAUCAAAACACAGUUUACGGAUUCAGUAACAUCUUCUACAUAUUCAGAUAUAUUCUCUUCUUAUACAGAGAGCUUAUCGACAUCGUUGUAUGAAUUUUCAACAUCAUUUGACUCUGUAACAUCAACAAUGUCAGUACCGGCUUCCACAGCAAAUACUCCAUCAUUGGAACCGACUUCUACGGCAAGCACCCAGUAUUCAAUACCGAUGACAACAGCAACUCGUACAGGUACACUGUCCUCGGUAUCGAUUUCAACAGCAUCAUUUACAGGUACCUUGUCUUCGAUACCGACGUCUACCAAAGGUACUCCGUCUUCAGCUGGGACUUCAACAGCGACCUACACAGGUACUCAGAUUUCGGGACUGACCCCUACACCCAGUACUCCGUCUUCAGUACCGACUUCUACAGCGGCCUACACAGGUACUCAGACUUCGGGACUGACCCCUAUACCGAGUACUCCGUCUUCAAUACCUACUUCAACAGCGACGUUAACUGGUACUCAGCCUUCGGGACUGACCCCUACACCAAGUACUCCGUCUUCAACUUCCACUUCAACAGCGGCAUACACAGGUACUCAGCCUUCGGGACUGACCCCUACACCAAGUACUCCGUCUUCAACUUCCACUUCAACAGCGGCCUACACAGGUACUCAGCCUUCGGGACUGACCCCUACACCAAGUACUCCGUCUUCAACUUCCACUUCAACAGCGGCAAACACAGGUACUCAGCCUUCGGGACUGACCCCUACUCCAAGUACUCCGUCUUCAACUUCCACUUCAACAGCGGCCUACACAAGUACUCAGCCUUCGGGACUGACCCCUACACCAAGUACUCCGUCUUCAACUUCCACUUCAACAGCGGCAAACACAGGUACUCAGCCUUCGGGACUGACCCCUACACCAAGUACUCCGUCUUCAACUUCCACUUCAACAGCGGCAUACACAGGUACUCAGCCUUCGGGACUGACCCCUACACCAAGUACUCCGUCUUCAACUUCCACUUCAACAGCGGCCUACACAGGUACUCAGCCUUCGGGACUGACCCCUACACCAAGUACUCCGUCUUCAACUUCCACUUCAACAGCGGCAAACACAGGUACUCAGCCUUCGGAACUGACCCCUACACCAAGUACUCCGUCUUCAACUUCCACUUCAACAGCGGCAUACACAGGUACUCAGCCUUCGGGACUGUCCCCUACACCAAGUACUCCGUCUUCAACUUCCACUUCAACAGCGGCCUACACAGGCACUCAGCCUUCGGGACUGACACCUACACCAAGUACUCCGUCUUCAACUUCCACUUCAACAGCGAAAUACACAGGUACUCAGCCUUCGGAACUGACCCCUACACCAAAUACUCCGUCUUCAACUUCCACUUCAACAGCGGCAUACACAGGUAUCCAGUCUUCGGGAUUGACCCCUACACCAAGUACCCCGUCUUCAACUUCCACUUCAACAGCGGCCUACACAGGUACUCAGCCUUCGGGACUGUCCCCUACACCAAGUACCCCGUCUUCAACUUCCACUUCAACAGCGGCCUACACAGGUACUCAGCCUUCGGGACUGACCCCUACACCAAGUACCCCGUCUUCAACUCCGACUUCAACAGCGACAUACACUGGUACUCAGUCUAUGGGACCGACCCCUACACUCAGUUCUCCGUCUUCAGUACCGACUCCAACAGCGACGUAUACUGGUACUCAGUCUUCGGGACCGACCCCUACACCCAGUACUCCGUCUUCAAUACCCACUUCAACAGCGGCCUACACAGGUACUCAGUCUUCGGGAUUGACCCCUACACCAAGUACCCCGUCUUCAACUCAGACUUCAACAGCGACAUACACUGGUACUCAGUCUACGGGACCGAACCCUACAUCAAGUACCCCGUCUUCAACAGCGGCCUACACAGGUACUCAGUCUACGGGACUUACCCCUACAUCAAGUACCCCGUCUUCAACAGCGGCCUACACAGGUACUCAGUCUUCGGGAUUGACUCCUACACCAAGUACCCCGUCUUCAACUCAGACUUCAACAGCGGCGUAUACUGGUACUCAGUCUACAGGACCGACCCCUACAUCAAGUACCCCGUCUUCAACAGCGGCCUACACAGGUACUCAGUCUACGGGACUUACCCCUACAUCAAGUACCCCGUCUUCAACAGCGGCCUACACUGGUACUCAGUCUACGGGACUUACCUCUACAUCAAGUACCCCGUCUUCAACAGCGGCCUACACAGGUACUCAGUCUACGGGACUUACCUCUACAUCAAGUACCCCGUCUUCAACUCAGACUUCAACAGCGACGUAUACUGGUACACAGUCUAUGGGACCGACCCCUACAUCAAGUACCCCGUCUUCAACAGCGGUCUACACAGGUACUCAGUCUACGGGACUAACCCCUACAUCAAGUACCCCGUCUUCAACUCAGACUUCAACAGCGACGUAUACUGGUACACAGUCUAUGGGACCGACCCCUACAUCAAGUACCCCGUCUUCAAUUCAGACUACAACAACGACGUACACUGGUACUCAUUCUUCGGGACUGACCUCUACAGAAGGGUAUUCAGGUAUAUCUUCUACGGUACUUACUUCUUCAGCAAUGAUAACAGGUACCCCAUCUUCCCAAGUUACAGUUUCAUUAAGUUCAGAACGUACCACGGACCACACACGAGAUACAACAACAAUUGGUACUGAUUUGACUACAGAAAGGUCAGACAGUACUACAACCGGGUUAACAAAUACGGUCACAUCCGGUACGGAAACUACCACGGAUAGACCGAGCACUACCGGUACGGGAACUUCCACGGACAAUCCGAGCACUACCGGUACGGGACCUACAACAGACAAGCCGAACACAGCCGAUACGACGCCUAGAACCGUGCAGCCUGUAACAACAGGAGCUGAAGGCGCGGAUCCACAAACGGGUGAAGAUAGCGGUAACAACAUCCCCAUAAUCGCCGGUGGGGCUGCAGCGGGAGUCGUCGUGGCCGGGCUUAUCACCGCUGCCAUAAUAUUCAAGCUUAAAUCUGUUUCCGCCGUUGCCUCUGUUCCGGGAGCGGCCGGAUACUCUGCCCCGGGAGUUCCUGGCCAGUCGCCAUACAGCGGCGGAUCUGGCGGUGGUCAAGGUGGCGGCGGUGGACAGGGCGCCCAGAGUCGAGGCGUUAGCGACGGACCUUCGAGGUCAAGGGUUAAACUUCCGCCAAUGCAGAAUGCACCACAGCCGACACCGCUAAAUAAUGGGCUAUGGCUUGGCAACGAUCCGGCUCUACCCUCCAUAAACAAUCAAUUCCCAACACCCGACGGCACUGGUGUGCCGGGCAUGGCGUCUUAUUCGACAGGAGGGGUCCCAGGAGCGCCGAACUUCCAGCCUUCCGGUCCAGGCUACGGAAUCACUGACUCAAGCCAACUUGGUUCAUUAAAUGGUCAUCUUCCAGGAGCAGACGGCUCUGUGCCCGGGAUGGCAUCGUACACGCCUGGCGGUGUUCCAGGUUCAUCAGGAUUUUCUCCUUCUGGUCCAGGGUAUGGUAUAACGUGUAACAGCCAAAUAGCGACGCUUAACGGCGGUUUCCCUGGCGCGGAUGGUUCAGGAGUUCCCGGAAUGGCGUCAUACGCUCCGGGUGGCGUCCCGGGGGCUUCUGGCUUCUCACCGUCCGGACCAGGAUACGGAAUAACCGACAGCAGCCAAUUAGGGUCUCUUUCGGGACAGGUCUCCGGGGGAAACCCCGGCGCUCCGGGAUCCGCAGGCUACUCCGCCGGUAAUGUUCCUGGACCUGCAAAUUUCCAGCCAUCGGGUCCCGGAUACGAAAUUACCGACGGCAGCCAACUGCGGUCCUUAAACAACCAACUUCCGUUCAGUAAUCGUCCUGGUGUUCCCGGCUCGGGUGCCGGUUAUACGGCCGCUAACAUUCCAGGCCCAGCCUCGUAUUGAGAUCGAGAUAAACCACUGAUCUUUUUUUCACGGAAUAUCAUGUGUAACUGUCAUUACUGUCAUUCUAAAAUGUGUACUUUUGAGUUUGUGUUUUCGAGUCUUUGGUGUCCAAGCGACGACAUAUUCAUUAUUAUUUGGUAGCCUUAAAAAUAUUCUUCAUUUCCACAACUUUAAUACCAUGUUCAUAAGGGUUUUCAUAUUGUGUUUAUAUAAAAAUGCGAUUGAUUUAUUUAUGAAAAUGCCUCAACACUUAAUUAAUGUGUUUAACAUAAUUACUGUGACGUUAUCAAUAUCAGUUUUGUAAAUACCGGUGGAGUGUUUCGGUCUGAUCAAAAGUGAUUCAAAAUGUUUAUUGAUCGACCAAUAUUUAUCCAACGAAAUCAGCUGAAAGAUAACCUGUAGCAUCUUAACCAAAGUUUACAUACAAUUGGCUGCCGAAUUCCAUGUAUUUUUUAAUACAACUAUUACAUAUCUUAGUGACAUGUUUCGUUAACUGUUAUUUUUGUUUCCUCUUGUAUUGCGACUGUUUGCACGAGGGUUGUCCGGCAAGCUUGUACACAAUGUUACAGCAUGUGAACAAGUAUUCACCUCUUCUCAUUUUGAAAUAAACAAAAACAACUGUCCUUUUUAACAAAAUAACUACUAAAUGUGUGCCAAAUAAUAUUCGUGCGAUUUUUAUUUUUAAUUUAGAAAUGAAAACUAAAAUUUGUUCAGUUUUGGUAAUAAGUAUUUAGGACAACCCUUAAAAUAUGUGUACGUCAAUGUUGUUGGUUUCAUUCAUAUUUUUAUUUUUUAUUUUUGUACGAUUGUUUUUUUUUAUUUUUUUAUUUUGAAAUUGAAUCCUAAGAUUCAGUUUUGUUUCGAAAAGUAUUUAGGACAGCCCUCAAACAUAUUUGUACAUUACAUGUUGUUAGUUUAAUUCUUAUUCUUUGAACGCUGGUCGAUUAUAUGCACGUCAUUUAUCUGUUGACUUUGAAAUAAAAUUCGUUCAUAAUG